AUGGAAGCUCCACCACCUUCAAGCGAUCCAUACAAGUUCCUCAACAUUUCACUUAACUCAGAUGGGUCUCUCACGAGACACCGUGAUUUUCCCAAACUGCCCCCAACGGAGCAAUCCAAAGACAUCCCAUUAAACCCAACCACCAAAACCUUUAUCCGAAUCUUCAAGCCCCGGAAUGUUCCACCGGAAACCAAACUCCCGAUCCUCGUUUACUACCACGGCGGCGGAUUUAUCCUCUACGGCGCCGCCUCUGCUCCUUUCCAUGAAUCAUGCAGCAAAAUGGCCGAUCGUCUUCAAACCGUGAUCCUCUCUGUCGACUACCGUCUAGCUCCGGAACACCGUCUCCCGGCGGCGUACGACGACGGCGUCGAAGCAAUCUUGUGGCUCCGCGAUCAAGCUCGUGGCGCUACCAGCGGCGGCGACUGCGACCCGUGGUUGAAAGACGGCGUCGACUUCUCCAAAUGCUUCGUGAUGGGUUCGAGCUCUGGAGGAAACAUCGUCUACAGCGUCGCGCUGCGUGUCGUCGACACUGAUCUCUCUCCGUUGAAGAUCCAAGGGCUGAUAAUGAACCAAGCUUUCUUCGGUGGCGUUGAGCCGUCGGAUUCGGAGUCACGUCUUAAAGACGAUCGGAUCUGUCCGUUAACAGCUACUCACUUGCUCUGGUCGCUUUGUUUGCCGGAGGGCGUAGAUCGCGACCACGUGUACAGCAACCCGAUCAAGAGUAGUGGGCCCCAGGAGAUUGAGAAGAUGGGACGUUUCCCGGCGACUCUCAUUAACGGUUACGGUGGCGAUCCGUUGGUUGAUCGACAGAGACACGUGGCGGACAUGCUCAAGGCACGUGGAGUCCACGUGGAGACGAAGUUUGACAAAGAUGGGUUUCACGCAUGUGAGUUGUUUGAUCCGACCAAAGCCAAGGCUUUAUACGACACUGUUGAGGCCUUCAUGAAGAGUCUUUCUUCGACAACAACACCAACUGUUACAUCGUCCAACAUGUAG